UGGACCCUGAACCCUAGCGCCCUCAUUUUUCCUCUCCCCGGCUCCAGCAGCCGCCGCGCGCUGCUUCCUCCGGCCCUUUCCCCUCCAUUGCCGCCGCCGAGCUCUACGGCGGCUGGUUGCUCCUUCACUGCCUGGCGCCGGCAUCACCGCCGUGGCAAUCCUCACUGCGCGGCGCGUGCCUGCUGGGAGUUCCGUUUCCCUUCUCUCUCAGUCUCUCCCCUCUCUUGGUCGUCCUACUUCCUUUCCUGGCGGCGACGACUGGGCGAGCGGCGGCGCAAUUCGGUCUUCGCCGGGCCCUUUGCCGGGGACGAGCACACAUCAGUUACAAUAUAUUACCUACUAGCUUCGAUUUUGUUUGCAACAAUUAUCGGAUGUACAUGUGUACACCCAUGUCCUACGCUAGGUCCGCCCUGAGCGGACGUGUGGUUGCUAGGUUAUUGUGCUAAGAUAUCCCCUUUCCGCGGAGUUUAACCACGCUGAUGGGUUCUGGAUACCGAAACCCUGUGACUUGUGUUCCCGAUAGAUAUGCUGCUGAACAGUGACACCCCUAGGACUUGUGUUUCUUGCUGGAGUCACCUUGAAUGGAGGGAGUACAUGAUAAGCUGAAUAUGUUGUAGAAAAGGGAAGUAGAAGAGAGGUAGUUGCUUGGAGAAUAGCUGGUGCCUGUUGGACUUGGGCCAGCCCUCCUCCCCUCUCCACCUCCGCCGCCGCGCUGAGCGCGCCGCCACCCAGAUCCAGGGAGCCAUCCUUCAGCCUCUUGUUGUCGUCUUCCUCCACCUCUCUCUGCGGGUGUCGCCUGAGCGGACUUUGACCGACUGCGUCAGCUGUUUACUGUGCAAUUUCUAAUCAAGGUAUGGGCCUGAGGAUGCAAUCUUUGCUCCGGAAUGUCUGCCAAGCUGGAAGCCAUGGAGCUGCUGCGAGGCUCCUGGAAUUUGCUGCUCCUGUAGCCACACAGAAGGUGGCUACCCAGUCAUCCUCGGCCAUCCAAUACCUCAGGCCUUAUGGAUUCAGUCGUCCAAUCGGGAGUCAGAUCAUUCCCUGUGGUGGUGUUCCUGCCACCUCUGGUUUCUGCGCGAGAGCUCUCCCAAUGAGGGGUUUCUCGGCGGUGGGAAAUGCUGAGGUUGCUUUAGACGAUGAGGAUUCCAGCUCUCCUGCUGUGGCGCACCCCCCAAGGAUCAAGUUCAAGAGGCUCGACAAGACUGCCAGGCACAUUAUGAAUAUCUUGAACAAAGAGGCAGUUGAAAAGGUCCGCUCUGAGAGGGAGAUUCCUGAUGUACAACCUGGAUGUAUCAUUCAAAUGAGAUUGCAAGUUCCUGAGAACAAACGGCGAGAGUCUACAUUGAAAGGGAUUGUGAUAGGAAGGCGUAAUGCUGGGGUCAAUACAACUUUCAGACUGCGUAGAUUAGUAGCUGGUAUUGGAGUUGAGUCUGUCUUUCCACUCUACUCGCCAAACAUCAAAGAAAUCAAGAUCUUGGACAGGAAGAAAGUCAGGAGAGCUAAGCUGUAUUACCUGAGGGACAGGAUGAAUGCACUUAAGAAAUGAGACAGAUUUCAACUUCUUGUUUUCUAGGAUUUUGUCCUGUGGAUUUGCAUGGUUUGAGAAGGUGCAAAAAGUUACAGUUUGUGAAUCGCAUUGUUAUGGUUCCAAUUUUGGAAGGCAUGGUUUGUACUUCCCAUGCUUGGUUUCAAGCAGCAAAAGUGCUAGUAGAGAUGCCGCUUUGUGAUUCAGAAUUAACAUAUGUGGAUCAGUCCUGUCUGAGUUGCAGGUGCUACUGUAGCCUCAGUGCAGAAAUAAUCUUGCUCAGAUCUAUAGCUUCACUUUAUCUUCAACUGUGCCCUUUUGUUUUGCGAGGACAUUCUUGUUACUACCUGUUUGUGGAUGACACAGAAAAGUUGGAAUGGUUCAGCUCA